AUGUGUGAAGGAGUUGUGAAUAAUGAAGAACAGCAUCCACAGAGCAUUCCUUUGAAUUUGUUGAUCAAUGGUCAUUUGAAUGAGAAUUUGGGAAUUUCACACACUUUGAAAGUGGAACAUGUGAAUGUAGACGCUUUUGCUUGUGACACUUCUUGUUGUCAUGGAUCUUCCGAUUCCUCAGUUAUCAAUUAUCCAAAUGUGGAUUCGAUGGAUGUUUCGGAUGAUUUUGAGGUUGUGAAUGAAUAUUUGAUUACACCAACAACUCUUUCGAUGGAUCAAGAAAACAAGAUUCCAAUGGAAGUGACCUCUCAGGAAGCCUUGGUGACAACAAUCAAGGGUACUGAUGUCACACAAAAGGGAGAUGGAAAGGAGGAAAAUGAAAGUUCAGAUAGGAAUGUGACACAAUCUGAACAAUUGUUCAAUGCAUCGAAUCAUCUUUCAAAUUCUUCAAUUUCUGAUAACAAACCAUUGGAGGAAACACAAUCCUCUGAUUCUUCCGAUCAAUCUUUGAUCACUUCAUUGCAAGAAAGCUCUCUGAUAUUUCCGACUAUUGAAAAACAAGAUUUUGUUUUCCAAAUGAUUCGAGGAGUCGGAAAUUGCUUUUACAGAGCUUUUGCCUUUUCCUUUCUGAAAGUUUUAGGAGAGAGAGAAAAGACCUUUUCGAAUGAGAAUUUGGAAUCAUUUCAUUCAAAACGCUUUCAAAUUAUUAGAAAAAAUUUCACUCUUCUACAUGAGAAUUCCAAUUUCAAAUUUCCUUCUUGGUUUUUGACGCAAAAUGAAAAAUUGGAACAUUUUACAACAAUUAACACAAACAGAUCCAGAACACUUUCUAGAAAACUUUUCUCCCAUUUCUCAACUCGUUUCACUCAUGAAUCACGAUGA